UGUGAAACACUUUGAAUGUGACAGGCCCUGGAGGAAUUAACCCAGAUUUUGUUGAACGAGCUGCGACGAUGAUCAUUCACGCGGAAAUAUGGAGAUGAAACGUCAUGAAAAGCCGGGCAACCUGUCGCCCAUAAACCCGGCUACCCAGAAAGAGGAGGAAGGCAAGACCUCCAGAUCGAGCAGCAAGUCAGAGAAGGAGCUUAGGGUCCCCCAGGACAAGUCCCCAAACGACGACGCCUCGAGAAGAGCUGAUAGGCGUUUGUCAAGAGCUAGUGAAAGUUCAAAAGAUACUUUUGACAGGCAAGACUCAAAAUCGAACACCCUAAGCCCGAAGGUAUCACGCAAGUAUUUCACCAACUGGCGCCAGGCAUGCGAUAAGACGAAAGACAAAACCAAGGAGUUGCUAAAGAGGUGGAGGACGUUACCGGAAACGGAAGUUCCUGGAACCCCGAUGCAAGAAACCGAGCACAGUGAUGAGGACAAAAAUCACGGAUGGAGUGUACAUGUCUGGACCACAUGGGUGAACCGAUGCAGCCAAGAUCUGGAAUGCUUAGAUCUAGAGGAGGAGCAGCCAUUAGCGCAACUAAGUUCUAUACAAACAGACAAGAUGACCCUCUUCUUCACCGAGCUUCUUGACCAUGACCGUGAUGACGUCAUCUGUGACCAGGACUUUGAUAACUUUUUUGAGAAACUGGCGCACUUCGCAGACUGGUCGAGCAACUCGUCCGAGUUCCAUAUGAUGUUGGAAGUUAAAAGGGAAUUUAUCGAGCAUUUUAUCAACCCAUUACCUACAAAAUGGGCAGAGUUACCGUAUUACAGAAGAGUUUGUGGACCCGAAGCAGGAGGGAUGCCUGGAAGAACGACCCUCGAAGGCUGGUUAGCAAGAUGGGCACUACAACUCACAGAAAUGAAACGUUUUGUAGACCUACCCCUUUACCUGCAAUACCUUUGCAAGAUUAUUUUUCAUGUUAUAGAUAGAGACAAUGUAGGAGAAAUAAGAAAGCCAGCUAUGGCGGCUUUUUACCGCUCAGUAAUCGGGCUGUCUGCCAAAAGGAUCGAAGAGAUUAUCGAUACAGCAUACGACAGGAUGACCAGCAAUAGUUAUCUUAUCCUCGACUACGGAACCUUCGUGCAUUGCUUUACCAACUGGCUGAUGGGUAAGAAUCCAAACGGACCUGGACAGUGGGUGCUGGUGCCACCAAAGGAUUCUCUACCACAGCCGCCCUUCCCUGUAGACUACAGUGCUUUGAACACCGAACCAGCUAAACUCGAACCCUAUGCGCCCGACAAAAAGACUAAUAGACAUUCUGUCAUAGUAUAGAUUUAUGAACUAGACACUUAAGCGAAAAAUAGAGCGAAAUUCUUAGUAAAAUUUUGGAAUCUUCGCUAAUGUUGUAAGGCAAUAUUUUGUUUUAAACGUUGUUAUAUUACCUACCUGGGUCCCUGACGUGAC